AUGAAAGAAUUUGAAGAAGAACAUACAUUAAAUAGAAAGGUUACAAGAACAAUAAAAAAUCUGAUAAAAAUAGGAUCAAAUAUUUAUCAUAAAUUAAAUAUUUUAUUUUAUAAUUUUCUCAUAUUUUGGAAUUAUGUUUUGUGCUUCUUAAAAAAUAUUUUCUCAUUUUUCAAAAGUUACUCGACGUUUGUUUGUUUGUUUGUUUUUUUUUUUUAUAUAUCAGUUAAAUUAUAUUUAUAUUUCAUUUUGACAAAUUCAUUUUUUUUAAGAUAUUUAAAUCAGCCUUUAAUAAUUAACAUAGAUGCACUAUAUAUUAUAAAUGAAAUAAAAAAUCAAAAUAUUUACAAAGACAUUUCUUCUAACCCUAUUAUUCUAGAAGAAGAUUUAUAUAGAAAUUUUUUUAAACAAUUUAUAAAUAACAAUGAGAACAAAAAAGAUAAAUUAUCGUUUGACAAAUUAAUUCAACAUGACAGCAAAAAAGUAAUAAACAAGUUCAUUUACAAAAAAAAUUAUUUAGAUAAAUAUUACUUUCAUAUAUUAAGACAAACAUUAGAAAAUUACAGAUAUUUAUUAACAAAAACAGUUAAAUUAUAUGAAAUAUACAUAACGGAAUUUCACAAUUUUUUACAACAUUUUAUAUUAAUUAAUGAAAAUAUAAAUAAGAAAGAGUAUAAGAAUAAGGAUUUAUUAUUAAAAAAUAUUGAAUUUGAAAAUAGUGUAAUAAAAGAAAGGAGAAGAAAAUAUGCUUAUAUAAAUAUAAAACAUUUUUUAUUUGUUAAUAAUUAUUGUGCUACCAAGUUUGAUAAAAAGGGAGAUUUAAUAUACAUAAUUUACAACAAUUUUUUUAAAAAAUCCUUUCUUCCAAAUUCGUACAUAUUUGUUGAUAUAUUUGUAUUUUAUAAUUUGUUAAAAUUUUAUGUAAUAUGCACAUUAGUAUAUUGCAGAAAAAAAAUUCAUAUAAAAAAAAAAAAUAUUAUUUAUAUUGGUUGGGAUUUAAAAGCAAAUAAUGAAAAGAGAUAUGAUAAAAAAAUACAUAAACAAGUUUAUUAUAACAAUUUAAAAUUUAUUAAAAUACCUAAAAUUGAAAAUAUAUAUAAAAAUUGUAAGUUCUCUUCGUUUUAUAUAAGAAAUUGUUUAUGUACUUUUAAUAUAAACAAAAUUAAUAUGUGUAAUAUAGCAAAAAGUAUUAAUUUUUGCGGAAAUAAAGAAAUUUUCUUCGUAGACAAAAUUAAUUAUAAAUAUAUAUUUAAUUUAUUUGUUACAAAUUUAUUAUGGAAUGAAGACACUUUUUUAUUGAAAUAUCUAAAAAAUUAUAAUCAAAUAAAUCUUUUGAAUGAAGAUUAUUUAAAUUUUAUAACUAUCUUAAAUAACGAGGAGAAGCACACCAACAAAGUAUUGAAUACAUUUUUUGGAUAUUUUAAGUUUUUUCUUUUAAACGCUUUCAGAUGUAUUUUCAGAAAAAUAGAAAGUAUAUAUAUUUAUUUUUUUUGUCACAUACUUUUUAUAUGUUUUUUAAAAUAUAUUUUCUUAUUUACAUAUAUAAGAAAAGAGUGUUUUUUAGAGAAAUUUCAUAAUUUUUUGAAUAAUAUUCUAUCUAACGAUACAAUAUUAUUUAGUAUGAUCAAAUAUACUAAUAAUAAACAUGAGAAUAAAAAUAGCAAAAUGGAUUGUUAUAACUCCUUAGAUAAAAAAAACAAAUUAUAUAAGAAUCAAUUUUAUGACGAAAGAGUAGUUUUUAGGAAUAAAAGUGUUGAUGAUUCUUUUGAGAAUAUGGAUUUAAAUAUUAACAAAUAUAGUCGUAAAAUACAAUUUAAGAAAAUAAAUAAAAGUAAAAAUAAAAAUAAAGAACUUGCAACUGAUGAUAAUGUAAAAAAGAAAGUUAAUGGAAAAUCUAUAAAAAAUUAUAUUAUUUUCAAGAGAAUUAAUGAAAUGAUUAUAAAAAAUAUAAAAAAUAUAUAUGAGAAGAUUGCAAGUAUUGAAAGAUUAACAAACAUUAAUAAUUAUAUUGAUAUAAAAGAAAAAUUGAAAAAAUUUUAUGAAGGAAGCGAUAAAAACUGUAUAUAUGAUUUAUUCGAUGAAAAUAAAUUUGUUAAUAAUAUAUCAUCUAGCAUUAUCAGCAAUAUGAUACAUGGUAAAAAAAACAAUAAUAAUAUAAAUGAAAAUUUCUAUAAAAUUCCAUUGAAUACUUACGGUAACGAAUAUGAAUAUUGUAACGAUUACAAAUAUACAUUAAAUACAGAAUGUGUCCCUUAUUAUCAAAAUAAUACAUAUGAUGAUCAGAAUUUCCAUAAUGAAGUAGAUAACAGAUAUAAUUCAGUUGAUAAAAUAAGAAGAUUGGUAACAUUAAAAAAUGAAUUAUCUUCAUUUAGUAAUAUGAUUAAUACUUCAUUAAUGAAGAAGAAUAAAGUUUAUAAAAGAAUAUUGAGCGAAGAAAAUAGCAGUGAUCUUUUUAGAAGUAAAAUUAUAAAUGAUAAGGAAAAUGAUAAAACAAUAGAUAGAGUUAGAAAUAACUUAUAUGAAAAUUAUAAUGAAAGCAAUAGAAAUAAUGGAUCAUAUUUUUUUAAUAUAAAAGAAAUAAAAGAUGUAUCUAAUGUUGAAAAAAGUAAAAGUUUCUUUAUGUGUAAAAAAAAAGAAAACAAUUUUUUUAAUUUUGAUUUAAGUUGUACAAAUGAUAAGGAAAAUAUACUUCGAGAUGAUAUAAUAAUGUUUAAUGAAAAAAAUUUAAAUGAUAAUUUAGAGAUUUUUAUGAACGAUGAUUUUACUACUAAUAAUAGUUUAGAGAAUAAAAAUAUAUUAUUUCCAUAUAAAGAAAUUAGAGAUAUAAAUAAAAACGACAUGAAUAUAACAGAGUAUUAUAGAGAUAAAUAUUUUUAUGGACAAUAUAAAUAUGAUGCCUCUCAUUAUAUUUAUGACUUAAUAGUAUUAGAUAUAUCUGGGUAUAUAUAUAAAAUUUCAACUGAUGGGAAUUAUUAUUGGAAAUAUAAAAUUGUAAAAAAUAUACAUAAUUAUUUAAAUUUUUAUGAGAAUGAAAAAGAAGAAAAAUAUUGCAAAACAAUAAAAAAUGAAGGUGAAAAUAAUGAACUAAAAUUAAGGCCUUUGAAAAGUCUACACUAUCGUAAAUACUUAAAUUUAUCAGCAGACAAUUCUCACAAUAAUGCAUGUUUAAAGGAUGAUGAAAAAAGUAUUGUUAAAAAAAUUAUUAACAACAAUAUACAAACAAAAAUUAAUUAUAAGAAAUUAAAAAAAAAUAAAAAUAUAACUAAACGAUUAAUAUCAAAUUAUAAUGGAAAUUUGUAUUAUGUUAAUGAAAAUAAUGAGGCAAUACCAUUAAAUAUAAAUAUUAAAGAUGUUGUAAAUAAUUCUCCAUUCAAGUCACCUCUUUUUCCACAUAUAGUAUUCAUAGGAUCUAGGUAUUCUAGUGUGAUUAAUUUAGAUUAUGAUACUGGGGAUGUAAUAAGAAAAUAUGAUAAUAACUUUAAUAAUAUAUCAAAAAAAAAAAAGGGAAAUAAUAUAUCUAACAAGAAUGAGAGGCAUGCAGAAAAUAUUUCAGAAAAAAGAAAAAAUGUUUUAACAAAUGAGUAUUUAGAUAUUUGUGGUAAUAAAUCAACUGGAUUAAAAUAUAAAAGUAAUAUCAAUCAGAAAGAUAUUUCAAUUGAUGAAGAAAGUGUACUUGAAUAUUAUUCUGAUGAUGAAAAUAAUCAAGAAGAUUCUCCAAAUAUACUAAAUGAUUGUAACACAAAAAAUGAUACAUAUAAAUAUUUAUCAAUAAGAAAAAAAAAUAGCAGUAAAUAUAAAUUAUCAAAUGGAUCUCACAAAUUAAAGAAAAGAAAAAAUUUGAUUAAAAAUUUUUUUAUGAGAUUAUAUAAAAGGAGUUUAUUAAGUAGAUACUCAUAUUAUAAUAAUUUUAAAAUAAUAAGAAACAGAAAAAGAAAUGAAAAAAAGAAAAGAAAAAAAAGACAAUUACAAAUAAGUAUAGUUAAAUGGAUUAUAAAAGCAGUUGAUGAGAAUUCCUUAAAAAAAAAAUGGAUAACCACGUGGGUUGAUGUUGGAUCUAUUUUUAUAACAGAUAGUCAUAAGAGGGAUAUGUCAUUUAUUAAUUCCUUAAUAGAAGUUGUAGGAAAUAAGUUGAUAUUACGACCAAUGGAAAAUAAUAAAAUGAAAAAUACUUAUAGUGUUUCAAAGAAUGCAAAUAAUAAUGUUCAUGAUGAAGUACAAAAUUUUGAGAAAAAUUAUAUUAACAAUGUAGAAGAUGAAAAUAAAGAAAAAAAGGAAAUGAACAAAAUAAACUCAAAUGUAAAAUCAAAAAAUUUUAUUUUUUCAGAGUCAAUAUCAUCUGUCUUUGCAGUAAAAUAUAAAAACUCAUCUCAUAUUCUUACUUUAGAUUUAAUAAUGAAGCAAAAUAUAAAUUUGUUAUCAGAGUUUGAUAAUUUAAAAAGUUUCACUUAUAAUCCAAUUAAUUUUAAGAAAUCAAGCACUCUUUUUUUACCUCUGGCUAAUGAUAUCUCAAAAAAUAACGAAAGUGCAUCUUGCAACUUUGAUGAAAAUAUAAUAUAUGGAAAAAAAUUACUACACAGAUUGAAUAACAUAUCUGUAAAUAUAACUUCUAUUGAAAAUGAUAUAAAAUAUCUUUUAUCAAAUAUUAUAUUUAUUUAUGACAAACAUAAAAAGAUACCUAUAGAUUAUAUAUAUGAGAUGCAAAAUUUAAUACAUGAAUAUCACAAAACAAAACAAAAAUUCUUAUUUUAUUUGCCAGGGACAAUGAAUAAAAAAUAUUUAAGUUAUCCUUAUAAUUCAAAAAAUGAAGGAACUACUCAUUUAUGUGAAUACAUAAAUAAAUUCAUUGAUUUGUAUUUUGAAGAAAAUGAAAUAUGUUUUGAUUACUGUUCCAUGUUGAAUAUAUGGGACAAAAUAUUUAAUAAUUAUGUUACUGAUGAUGAUUGCUUACUACUAUCAAAUUUAUAUAGAGUUGUUCAAAAUGCUUUUGCUUAUAAUAACAAAGAAUUUAAUUAUUUAAAUGAGAAUAAUACAUUAUCAAAUAAUGAACAUUUUUUAGUUAAAAAACGAAAAAAGACUGUUGUUGGUUCAAGAAAUCAAGAAUUAAAAGAAUACUCUUCUAUAAAAAACAAAAAAGGGUGGUAUUGGAAUAUGCUAUAUACAAUUAUUCUAAUAUUCGCUUUUCCAUUUUUAUUUAUUUAUAGAAUAUUCAAAAAAAAAAAAAGUAAUGAAGAUAAGGUAAUAAUAAAAAAAAAAAGAUUAAGUGAUUAUGAUGAAAAUACAUGUGAUGAAUUAGAUAUGAAAUAUAAUUUAUUAUAUGAAGAUAAGUUAAAAUUCAAAAAUAUUAUUAGAGAAAACAGGGAUAUUGAUAUUCCAAAAAUAGAGUUAGAUACAAAUAUUAAAACGAAUAAUGACAAAAAACAUGGAUCUACAGAGCAACCAACCUUAAUUGAUAUACUAGCAAGACAUGCAAGAGAUACUAAUGAUAGUAGUUAUUAUGAAUUUAAUGGGAGUAUAUCUAAUUUAUUACCAUUGCAUUAUGGAAGAGAAACUGAAUAUAGUUUACAUAAUAUUUUGAAUAUGAAAUCAAGUAAGACAAAAUCUAGUGAAACAAUAAAAUCAGAUAUUAUUGGUAAGAAAAUGUUCCACAUGCAUAGAAGAAGAGCUGCCUCACAAGAUAUAACAAAUAAAUAUUCAUUUAUAGUAAAAAAAAAAAUUCGUAGUAAUUAUAAAUUGGGAAAUAAAAAUUAUAAAAAGAAUUAUACAGAUAAUGAAAAAGAUAAGAAAUAUAAUCGGUUAAAAGAAAAACAGGUUAAUGAGAAAAUUUUUGAUAAAAAUGAUUUCCUUAGCUUUUUAACUAAUUUUAAUAAAAAAUUUAUGAAAAAAAAUUCACAAGUAGAUCAUCUGGUAAAAAUUAACAAAACAACAAUUAGUAAUUACGAUUAUAAUAGUAAUAGUGAGGAGAAUUUGAGCGAUUCUGAGAAAAGAAAUAAAUAUAUAAAUAGUGAUAAUGAAAAUAAAAUUAACCUAAAUAAAAAACAUACAGCAAAGAAGUAUACUACAGAAGAAAAUCAAACGAAUGAAGAGAAAAAAAAUAAAAAAAGGAAUUCCAAAGAUAUUGAAAAUGGUUUUAUUAAUACAGGUAAGCAAAAUAAUCAUAUUAAGAAUAAAAUAGAAAGUAUGGUAAUUAAUAAUAAUGAAAAAAUAAAUAAUAAAAGUUCAAGUGCAAGAAAUUUGUCCUUAAUUAAAACGUCUCAUAUCCCAUAUGAUGAACCUUUAGCUGAUUUUUUAGAAAAUGGAAGAUUUAUGAGGACAUUUGAAAAUAUUUCAUUGAUAGGACAGGGUGGUUUUGGUUCAGUUUAUAAAGUAUCACACAGACUUGAACCAGGUUCUCCAACAUAUGCAGUAAAAUUUAUUUUUUUAAAAGUAAGCUCAUUAGAUAACGUUAGUUCAAGAAGAUAUUUUCGUGAGAUAGCAGCAAAUAGAGAUAUAUAUAGUAAACAUGUUGUUCGUUAUUAUACUUGGUGGUGUGAAGAACCUCAAUUUUUACCAAUGCAUGUAAUUCCUAAAGAAAUCCAAAAUUUAGUUAAAAAGAACAAAGAUUCUUUUAAAAAGCAUUAUGUUAAAAAUAAAAAAAAUAAUAAUCUUAGUGACAGUUAUGAAAAAAUGAAAGCAUGGGAAACAGAAGGAAAUGAUUUAAAAAAUUAUAAGAAAAUUAUUAAAAACAAAAAUGGAGAUAAUUUAAAGUUUUUUAGUGAUAAUGAAUUAAAUUCUAAAAAAAGAUCUAAUAAAAAGAAGAGGAUUUUAACAGAGAAAAGUUUUUCAGAUAAUUUAGAUAAAAAUAUAAAUAUUAAAACAAAAAAAAAAAAAAAAAAGAAAAAAGGGAAAAAAUUCAAGUACGAAGAAAAACAAAAUUACGAUGUUAUUGGUCCAAAUGAAAAAUAUUCAACCUUGCAUGAGAAAAAUAAUUCUAUAUGUUUUGCAUCAUGUUUUCAAGAAUAUGAUCCUUUUGACAAUGGAUAUUUAAGUGAAGGAAAUAGAGACCUAAUUGUUUUUGCAGAAAAUGAAGAAGGUAUUGUUUGUAAUAAUAGUCAGAUAGCAAACCAUGAAAAUGAUCCAGAUAAUAAAAAAAAUAAGAAUAAUAUCACAGACACAAAUAAAAAUUCUGAUAAUAUAGAAGUAUAUAAACCUGAUGAAAGAACAAGCCAUUUGAAACAUAACAAUCCUGAUGAAAAUAUUAAAUUUAAUGUAAAUGAUAAUAUUGUAAAUAAAAAAUAUUAUGAUAAAACAAAUGCACAGAGUAGUAAUGCUAAUACUUUAUUACAAAAGUGUAAUAUAGAGGAGCGUAGUAUAAAUUUUUCUUUACAAAAUGACCAUAUUGAAGAUAAUAAAGAAUCUGAUAUAUAUGAAAAAUUACAUAAAAAAACAAAGGAUAAUUAUAAAAAUGCUUCUCAUGUAAAAAAUGAAAAAUUUCUUAAUAUAAAAAAAAAAGAAGAAACAAAUAACAAAAAUAAAGAAAAAGAUAAAGAAUAUAAAGAAUUAGGAAAUCAAAAUGGAAAUUAUGAUAAAAUAAGGAAUUAUAAAAAAAAAAAGGUUGGUCCUGAAUUUUCAAUAGUCUUAUUAUUGCAAAUGGAAUUGUGUAAAGGUUAUACACUUCGUAAAUGGCUAGAUAGAUCAACGAGAAGUGAUAAACCAUUACAUUUUACUUAUUGUGACAAAAAUAUGAAUCAUCCUUUAGAAUUUGAUUUAUUUAAGCAAUUAAUUAAGGGUUUAAAAGAUAUUCAUUCAACUUGCUUUAUUCAUAGGGAUUUAAAACCAGAUAAUAUUUUUGUAGAUCCAGAUACUUAUACUUUAAAAAUAGGAGAUUUAGGAUUAGUUAGAUUUAUUGAAGAAAAAAAAAGAGAAAAAGAUCUUAAUAAUAAAGAUUCCACAAAAGAUAAUAUAUAUACACAAAUUAAUCAAAAUACCUUAACAAGUCAGAUUUCUUUAAAAGGGCAAAUCAUAGGAACCCCAGGAUAUACAGCUCCAGAGGGAGGAGCUUUAUGUGAUGAAAAAGCAGAUAUUUAUAGUGCAGCUUUGAUAUUACUAGAAUUACUAUGUCCUCGUUUUAACACUAUAAUGGAAAGAUAUAAAAGAUUAAAUGAUUUUAGAAACUAUUAUACUGUACCAGAUUAUGUUAAAAUUCAUUUAAAUCCUUGGUACAUUUUAAUGUUACAAAUGUCUAAACCUAACCCAGCCGAUCGACCAUCAGCUUCAGAUUUAUAUAGUAAAAUAAAAGUAUUAUUAGAUCCUCAUUUAACUGAUUUUGCUUUUAGUUUUAAUGAUGUUAAUGUUGAUAGUGAAUGCAAUUUGAUUCCACGAAGUAUAAAUAAUAAUAUUGAUAAUAAUAACAUUAAUAAUAUUACUAAUAAUAACAAUAAUACUACUGAUGAUAACAAUAAUGUUACCAAUAAUAACAAUAAUACUGCUGAUGAUAACAAUAAUAUUACUAAUAAUAACAAUAAUACUACUGAUGAUAACAAUAAUGUUACCAAUAAUAACAAUAAUACUGCUGAUGAUAACAAUAAUAUUACUAAUAAUAACAAUAAUACUGCUGAUGAUAACAAUAAUAUUACUAAUAAGAACAGUGAGACAAAAACUAUUAGAAGUAACUCUAUAGAUAAUAACAAAAAUAAUUCAAAUAAUAAUAAUAAUGAUAUUGUUUUGGUAUAUGGAGUAAAAAGUGAAAAAUAUAAAUAA